AUGGAGACCCCGGCCAACGUGUUCAUUUAUCUCUCAAGUUUACUGGAGAUAGCAUAUGGAUCUAUGCUCGGAUGUGCCCAGCUCAAAGAUGGCACGGAGCCCUGCAGCAAUAAAAUCGCAGGAGCCAACCUCAAGCCUGUGAAAGAAUAUUUUGAGCAAUUAUUUGCCAUCCUCGAUGAGCCUGACCGCAAGUUCCACGACAAAGAUGGUGUAUUUGAUGAGAUCCUCGCGGAAUUGAUCGACAGAUGCCUUUGCCUGCGUCGGCACCGUCAAAAUUCCGACGACGCAAAGAGCCAAUGGUUAAAGGAGCUGUACAACGAUGAAAAGAGACACCAACUACGUUACAAGCUGCAAACCCAUAUUUACGGGGGCGUGGAGGAAGUGUCGAUUAUUUCUACUCCACCGCCAGCAACAGAGUUCGAGCCCUAUAAGACCAGCACAUCACCUAUCAACAAAUACGACGUGCAACUAAAAGUGACUUGCCAAUUGCUGGAGACCCUCACAAACAGGGACAAAAAAAGCGGAUACAUCUAUCUCCUCUGUCACCCUCGAGAACCAAAAAUGUUCAAAGUCGGAUACACCACAGACCCCGAGACGCGUUUUGACAGCCACAAACGGUGCUAUGAAGAGUUCAGCGUGUUGAGGAAACAGAACAUACGCUAUGCCUAUCGCAUUGAGCAACUUAUCAUCGCCGAAUUCUCCCUGGAGCAUUACAGGCUCAAAGAAAAGUGCAAACGAUGCGAUGAGAGUCAUAAGGAAUGGCUGCAAGUCAGCAAAGACAAGUUGCUAAGGAGUUUCAACAAAUGGGUUAAAUUCGCCGAAGCCGACAAGGCACCUUACGAUAAGGAUGGUCGCUUCAAGUCCAGGACCGUCGCGUUACCUCCUCCUGCAAUGGAUUUCAAGUCUCCGACCCCGACUCCAAAAAAGGGUACACCGCGACGGUCAAAUGUGGCUCCAUCGCAGGAAUUAUCGCCUUCUAAGCCUGACCAUUCUAAGUCUGAUAUAAGGAUUCUCCAAGAGGAACUUUCCGACGUGGGCUCCGACGAGAGCGCGUCCCUUCCUCGCUAUAGCGAAGCAGACCACUCAAGUCCCAUCUUGUCCCUCGCCGAUCGUCUUGCUGCAGCUUGCGUGAAGUAG